AUGCUCCCGGCUGUGGAACCUUGCGGCGUCCCUAUUCCCCCGUCUCCAGUCAUCCAUCCGAAAUUGCCGCGAUUGAAUACGCUGAAGACGUUCGGCCUUCCACCUCAGGAAGUGGAUAACCUUAUUUCGUCUGCUGCUUCGGCGGACCCUUCGACACCAGUUUCGGAGACCUUGGGUGGCCAUUCAUUGAGGAUCCUCAUCGCUCCGUCUGGAUUCAAGGAGAGUCUUGGUCCAGAGCACGUCGCCGAUGCCAUUGAGGCUGGCAUCAGGAAGGUAGUAGAUGGGAAAGCUGCCGUAACUCGCAAACUUCCAUUACACGACGGCGGAGAGGGAUUUUGUCGGGCCCUAGUGGCAGCCCACGGCGGGGACAUGGUGGAACACGUGGUCACCGGUCCCGUCGGUAGACCGGUCCAAUCACACCUGGGCUUCAUAGGUGAUGAUGGGAAGACGGCUGUUCUGGACAUGGCGGCAGCUGCAGGCCUCAGGCUCGUACCGAAGGAUAUGCGUGACCCCACUGUCACUACCACGUAUGGCGUUGGAGAGCUUAUGAAGAAGGCACUCGAUGAAGGAUGCACCAAGAUCAUCAUCGGCUGCGGAGAUUCCGGAACGUCUGACGGCGGAGCAGGUAUGCUUCAGGCCUUGGGUGUACGACUUCUGGAUUUAGAAGGGCACGAAAUCGCGAAGGCAGAUGGUGGCCGAUCGCUUCUGGGCUUGGAGAAGCUUGACUGGAGCAGCAUUCAUCCCCGGCUUCGAAACGACGCCAGAGACGGUGUCCCGAUCGAAGCCGUGUGCAACAUCAAGAACGUUCUCUGCGGCGAAGCAGGGGUCGCUCGCGUGUACGGACCUCAGAAGGGCGCCACCCCUCAGCAAGUGGACCUUCUCGCUGCAGCGUUAGCACGUCUGGCGCGUGUAGCGGAGAAAGAUAUGAAAAAGGACAUUUCAGGAGAGCCGGGCAGCGGAGCGUCGGGCGGACUGGGUGCAGGCUUGAUGCUCCUCGGCGCCCGGCUGCGCGGUCGGAGCGAUGCCAUCAACGAGUACUUUGAGUUCGAUCGUGUGUUUGAGAGUCAAUGGGACUUUGUCAUUACUGCCGAAGGCAGUCUUGAUUCUCAAUCGACCCAAGGGAAGAUGACGACGGAGGUGGCUCGUCGCGCGAAGCGGCAUGGUGCGCAGGUGGUAGCCUUGGCUGGAACCAUUGGCGAGGGAGCGGACGGGUGCUACGCCGCAGGCAUAAACGCCUUCACGAGCAUCCUGAGGGGACCUUCGUCGCUGGACCGAGCAAUUGCUGAGACGGAGCGACUUGUCGAGGACGGGGCUGAGAAGGUGAUGCGAAUGAUAAUGGUCGGGUUGACUCUUGCGAGGAGGAAUUGA